AGCACAAAGAUGAUAUCGGCAAAAAUAUUCGAUAUAGUACAUCGAGACCAUAGGCGACGACGACGCCAUAAUUCGACAAACAACAACAACAACAACGAUUUGGUCGUAGGCCGAUUUGGUAAGGGGCCGAUUUGACUCGCUCCCCUAAUUAUAACAGCUGUUAAAUUUCAUUUACAUUAUGUCGGAUAAUGAUAUUGAAGAUGUCUCAUUUUUACCAGGAGAAAAUCUUCACAGACGAGCAGUAUAUGAACCUAACAUCCUUCAAAAGAUUGCAAUACUGGCAUGCACGAGGACCCGUGUUGCAGUGUGUUUAGCAGCAGUAACUGUUGUUGUGGUGAUUAUAUCUCUUAGCGCUGCCCUUGCCAGAUCUCAUAGUAAGCCGGACUCAAAGUGUUCUGGACAGCUUGUUGAGCCUCUCACCACUACACUCCCUCCUUCAAACACCUCAAGCUUCACUGCCACAAAUGGGGAGCCCUUUCCAUAUCAUAAUAUCAGGCUACCAUUGUUUAUUAUGCCUACACACUACAAACUACACAUUCAUCCAAACAUAUCAGAUUCAGAUUUCAGUGGUCGUAUUAUUGUUAGCUGCAAUGUUCUCAGAGAUUCUGAUUUUAUUGUUAUUCAUGCAAAGGAACUGACUAUUGUUGAAACUAAAGUGCAUGAUGAAGGCGAUGCAAAUAGAAAUAUUGCUGUUGAAAAGUGGCUUGAGUACACUGAAAAUGAACAGAUAUAUAUUAAGCUUAUGGAACAUGUGAAAAAGGAAAGUAAAAUAACAUUGGAAAUGAGUUACAGAGGAGAACUGAAAUCUCAACUUCAUGGGUUCUACAGGAGCACUUAUACUACAUUAUCUGGAGAGAGAAAGUUCAUUGCAACAACCCAUUUUGAGCCGACUCAUGCGCGGGAAGCAUUUCCAUGUUUCGACGAGCCUGCAAUGAAAGCCACAUUCCAGCUAACCAUGGUGCGGGAACCAGGCUAUUUGUCCCUCUUCAACAUGCCACUCAUCUCAUCCAGUAAAAUAUCAAAUGGCUUGUUUGAAGAUGUUUUUGAGCAGACGGUGAAGAUGAGCAGCUACCUGGUGGCAUUUGUUGUCUCCGACUACCUUCAUGUGUCUAAGACAACACUCCGCAACAUCACGGUUCGAGUGUUUACCCCUCCUGCCUUCAUAGAGUCAGCAACAUUUGCAUUGGAGGUUGCUGUUCAAGUUAUUGACCACUAUGAACAAUAUUUCGGGGUUCAUUAUCCCCUUCCAAAACAAGACCUGAUAGCGAUCCCUGACUUUGAGGCAGGGGCAAUGGAGAACUGGGGACUGAUCACUUACCGCAUGUCAGACAUCUUGUACAACCACUCAGCUUCCUCUGCAAGUAACAAGCAAAGAAUAGCUGUUGUUAUUGCCCAUGAGUUGGCUCACCAGUGGUUUGGCAACUUAGUCACUAUGGAGUGGUGGGACGAUCUUUGGCUAAAUGAGGGCUUUGCCAGCUAUGUGGAGUACUUAGGAUCAGCGAUCAUCAAUAGCAAGUGGAAAAUGGGUGACCAGUUUGUGAGUGAGGCUCUACUGCCGGCUUUAUACCUGGACAGCCUGGCCAACUCCCACCCCAUUAGUCAGCCUGUCUACAACCCUGCACAGAUCAACCAGCUCUUUGACACAAUCUCUUACGACAAGGGAGCAUCACUAAUCUGGAUGUUGAAUGAGUAUAUGGGGGAGCAGGGGUUUAAGGCUGGAAUUAGUGCAUAUCUGAGAAGGUACCAAUAUAGCAACGCCUGCACAGCAGAUCUCUGGGACACUCUCUCUCAGGCAGUAAAAGCGGAGGGUGAUACCUUGGUUACGGAUAUUUCCGGCUUGAUGAAGACAUGGACAGAACAGAUGGGAUAUCCGCUCAUAACCAUCGAGAGAAGGGCCAACACACUCACUCUCUCACAGACCAGAUUUCUGCUCAUUCCAGAGAUAAGUGACAGCAGCAAUGUGACAUCAAUACGGUCUCAAUGGCAGAUUCCGUUUUGCUACAACACGCAGCAGAAGGCAAACAAUAAGUUCCUCAUGAAAGAAAAAUCUAAGAAAAUACUGGUUUCCUCUGGUGUGACAUGGAUCAAGGGUAACUGUGGGCUUAAUGGCUACUACAGAGUGAACUAUGAUAUCGACUCCUGGCAGGUCAUCAUCUCACAACUCCACUUGGACCACAAG